AUGACCACCCCGCGCUUCUCCUCCAACGACGUGACCGUCGUCUUCUUCCUCGGCGGCCCGGGCAGCGGUAAAGGAACCCAAUCUGCCAACCUCGUCAAGUCCUAUGGCUUCGUGCACCUAUCCGCAGGCGACCUCCUGCGCGCCGAACAAGAACGCGCCGGCAGCCAAUACGGCGACAUGAUCCGCGAAUACAUCCGUGAAGGCAAGAUCGUGCCCAUGGAAGUCACUGCUCGGUUCUUGAUCGAUGGGUUCCCGCGCAAGCUGGACCAGGCUCAUUUCUUCGAGGACACUGUCUGUCCUUCCGAGCUGGUUCUGUUCUUGGAUUGCCCCGAGAGUGUUAUGGAGAGUCGGUUGUUGAAGCGUGGUGAGACUAGUGGGCGUGCGGAUGAUAAUGCGGAGUCGAUCCGCAAGCGCUUCAGAACUUUCGUGGAGACUUCUAUGCCUGUUGUUGAGUACUUCCGGGGUAAGGACCGGGUUGUUGAGGUCCGGGCGGAUAUUACUGUUGAGGAGGUCUUUGAGAAGGUCAAGGCUGGCAUUGAGGCUCGUAACAUUCACCCUCGUUAG